AUGGACAUCUUUCUACAGACCCUGUUGGGUUCUGUCAUGCUCAACCAGCAUGUAGACGAAGAAAGCUCAUACUACGAGUUUUUCAGUGGGUGGAUCUCUCGAAACCAACACAAGUGGGGGGUCAUGACCACCAGAGCGUAUCAGAACGCAGUGGGAAGAUCGGAGGAAUAUCUGCUGACAACCCAUAGACGUACCGAGAAGAAAUUACAGCUCGAAAUUUCGGAACGGUCCUUACCAUGGCUGGUUUUAGCAUCUCAUGUGCUCUUGGGGUUCACGACAGACGCAGCCCAGAUCUCAGAACUGAUGGUCUUCUGUGGGUUCAGGAGAGUACACGAGAAGGUUAUUAAAUCAAUUGUCGAAUGGUCGACGUAUCCUUCACGCCUGAACAUGGGCGACACAUCCCAGGAGUACACAAUUACGGCAUUUGAGAAUCUACAGAAAGCAUUCUCAGAGGGUGACGGUAGUGAAAGCAUAGGAUGGAGGCGACUGGGAUACCAGAAGCUCAUGUGGAAGACGAUAUAUCAACAUCAUCUAUCGACGCCUGAUCUCAACCCCAUGUUUAACACCGCUGGCAUUAUUUUCUAUGGUCUGAUUUCGCUGGAUGAUGACCGGUAUGCAGUGCUAUUCAUCGAUGCAGUGACUGAAGCAUUGCAGUUCUCACGACAAUUCAGCGCCAACAACGAAAUUGAACUAGCUCAGCAUAUUGCUGAUACCAUCGCUGCAUACAUGAAGGAGUACGGCCAUCCCUGGUACUUUAUUUUGCUCAACCCUUUGCGAGGCUGGCUACACUCAACCAUGUCGAAGGCACUUGGCAUGCUAACUGAGCCCUCAGCUUGUCAAUUCAUUGCUCCUCGACAGCUCACCGCCAAUUUGAAACUGGUCCCCACAAAAGUAGAAGCUCUUCUGUCCUCCAUCCAGCAGAUGCUGCAAGAUGAAAGCAUCAUGAAGGAAUACCCGCCGUUCAGUCUGGUCGAAUACGACGGCCCAUGGCCUUUGGUGUUUGUUGAGAAUCUGCAUUGGAGCCAGCAUCAACUGAGCAGCACACAUCCUAAUGUCUUUGAACAGGUUUCCAAGAACAACCCCGAAUUGAAGUUCGCCAAGGAACUGCGGGUCGUAGACUUGCCCAGUUUGGAAACAGGUGAAAUUAGCCAUGACAGUUUCGAACUACUAAAAUGCCAGGCACCUAGUGGUGUCGGACAGAAUGAGGGCAUUACUGACAACGCUGGACUGCAGGAUGAGCUGUUGGAUAGGAACUUUGCAUCUCUCAUGAAACGUUCAAAUGAGUUCAAUAUUGUACCUGGGAGGGACUAUCAGACUUCACCAGUAGAUUACAUUUCCAGAAAGAUGGUUCUGCACAUCUGGCAAUGUUUCAAGCUUCGAGAGACCAUGGCUACCAACGGACAAACGCGAAUGUUGGAUUUUGACGACCUGGUUCACGUGCUUUCUCGUGGCCAUGAUGUCUAUAAGGUGAUUAAUCAUGAGGAGGCACUGUGGCAGUCCAAAGGAGUCGAGAUUGCCCAUGGGUUGGAUGAUUGCAUUCUCAUAUUUAUUGGAGCUGACUCGGCCAUUCAACAAGUAACAUGGUGGGAAGAAGGACGUCUGGGCUGGGAUGUUUUUUCUCAGGAAUCAAUGGUGAGUUUCCUGCCCAAGACUGUGGAAGAAGCCGUUGAAGAAGGCGGGAGACGUGAUGCCCCUAUUCAGCUGUCUGAGUCAGAUGAUGAGGACCCUGUCAAUGCUAAAGAUACGAUGAGCACCCCCACUCAGCGACGAAGCCGGAGAGUUAGAGAACAGGAAGUUGGUUCGGCGGAAACUGAGGAACCCAAUGGGUAUGAUUUCGAUUCAUCUUCUGAAGACGACCUCGAGAGGACCGUAUCUGACCCUGCGCUGCCUGCGCAAGCCCAGCGACGCACGUCCACCCAAGUCCCUGCUCAUCUCAGAGGCCUCUAUGACAGCAUUGACCCUGCUAUGAGAGAAGGCCUUUACAACAAGAAGCAUCCCCUUAUUAGAAAUCUUGUCAAGCUGAUUCCCAAACUAUCGGACCGAAAUAUGACGGAAGACUCAAGGCCAUUUUCAUACGAUAUCAGAGAGGCGUUGGGCCUUGCUGAGGGGGAUAAUGAUGUUGAGACGAACGGAAACUGA